GCCGAUUAUUUUUUUGAAAAGAGCUCAGUUUGACUUUAUUUCCUUGUCCUUUCUCUCCUUUCUUCACUUUUCCGUCCAUAAUGCCUAUUAGAUGUGUCCUCUUUAUUUCUGUGAUUAUUUUCCAUAUUAUUUCGGAUACAAAGGCGACUUCCAAAGGAGUUGUAUCGUUGGACACGCUAACAUUUGACAAGGUGAUUGGAAAACACAAAGCUGUACUUGUAAAGUUUGAUCAACAAUAUGCUUAUGGGGAAAAGGAGGAUCAAUUCAAGGAAUUUGCCAAGAAAGCUGCUACCCAGGCUAAGUUGCUGAUCGCUCAGGUUGGCGUGUCAGAGUAUGGAGAAAAAGAUAAUGAGGAACUCCAAAAAAGAUAUGGUAUUAAGAAGGAAGACUUCCCAGCAUUCAAGCUCUUUCUCCAGGGGAAAGACUCUCCUGUCACUUUCACAGGGGACGUGAUGGUCGAUAAACUGUCAGAGUUUAUUGUCAAGCAUACUGGACUAUGGAUUGGUCUCCCUGGUUGUGUUGAGGAGUUCGAUACACUUGCAAAAGAGUUCCUCCAAACACCUGUAUCUGAGGCUGGUAUGGUCGUCAGCAAAGCAGAGAAACUUGUCAAGGAAACUUCAGAUGAGAAAGGAAAAUCCUCCGGGGAUAUGUACGUGAAAAUCAUGAAAAAAAUCCAGGAAAAAGGGACCGGCUAUAUUGAUACUGAAAUAACCAGAGUCAAGAAGCUUCUUAAAGAUAAGCUGACUGAGAACAAGAAGAAAGCAUUCCAUGACCGCUUGGACAUUCUGACAUCAUUUCAGCAUGUCAAGCAAGGAAAGGAUGAGCUUUGACAGCAUUAUAGAUGUCCGGCCUUUAGAGUUUUUACUUGCUAGUACUUUCUUCUGUCAAAAGUUUAAAUGCCUCUGUAUUCUUUUAACAUUUGUAAUUUUUUAAUGCAUUUCCGGGUGACAGUCAGGGAAAGGAGAGGGAAGGUGUGUUGGUACUCCGAGAGUGGAGAUGCAUUUUCUUUAAUUGUGUAGAAAACUCAACUGUUAUCAUUGUCUGUUUUUUUUUUUCUAGAGUAACAAAAAAAAAUAUAUGAAAAAAUGAAA